AUGACUGGUCCGGCGGGGCUCGUGGCCAAGCGGGCGGCCCUGGAGCGGGCCGCGAACAAGCAGCCGCCACCACCCGUGUAUGGCAAGAUCCAGGACCCGACCUUCCAGCUGCUGAAGGCCGCAGUGGAUUUCUUGUCUUCAGAGCAGGAGACCGUCGAUGCCACGGUGGAGGGGUUCUUCGAGACGCAGUACGAGCAGCACUUGAAGCACCUUGUCGCGAACUAUGGUGGGAGCUUCACCCAGGCUAAGCCCAGCGCGCCCUUGAUCUUCGCAGAGGCAUUGGACAAAAUCAUGUAUUUUGCUAGCGAGAAGACUUUCUUGGAUUGGGCGGCCCUGACCUACAAGUACCAGGAUAACACGAAUUUCAUGCUCUACAGGCGCGUGGGCAACAAGAGCAUCAAGGCAGUCAAAGAGUCGACAGGGCGAUCUUACUGUGGUCUGACCAUCGCCAUCGGAGAUGAGCCAAAAGAGACCGUCCAGCUCGAGCUCUUCGAUGACGAGUCUCCCGAGUUGGCGAAGAAUUUCAUCCAGCUACUCUCUCACCCCAAGUUUGAUGGUCACCCCAUCCACCGGGUCAAGCCAGGAUGCUGGGUUCAAGCCGGUGAUCUUGUAGAUGGCUCGGGCAAGCACUCCGAGGCAGCAGGCGGUGGCCAGCUGCAGCACGAGUCUUUCCACGUACCGCACGACCGGCCCGGACUUCUUGGCAUGUGCUGCCACGGCAAGGACACCAUCGGAUCGCAGUUCUACAUCACUCUGCGUGAGCUGCCGUUCCUAGACGGCAAGUUCUCCGUCAUCGGAAGGGUCAUAAGCGGUAUGCGCACGAUAAUCCGCAUCGGGAAGAUGGCUACAAAGAACGACCGUCCAACCCUAGAUAUCAAAAUUUACGUAGACAAGGAACUGACGCUGCCAAGCGCGCUUCAGCAAAAGUGA